GCUUUUUCCGCUCCCAAUACAUAGAAACUACUUAUUAUUGUAUAGCGCACACUCAAAUUACGCAAAACGCAUUUUUAGGGUUUCUCUUUCGUUCAUUCUUAGGGUUUCAAUUUCAACCCUCCCAAACAACAAUCACACACGAACAUGGAUACUUCAAAUCCUGCUGCGUUUGUCAAUGCCCAGUCUCUUCCCAAUUUCAUUGGAAAGAAAGUAAGAACAGUGGUUCAGGUGAAUCAUUCUGACGGCGUGACGAUCACAGGAAAAUCCACCGAUGACUCUCAGAUAACUGUUAAAGGGUUAUCAUCACAAGUCCCAGUCAUGAAUUAUGUAGAAGUUAUUGGCAUUGCUGAGAGUAACAACUCUAUCCGCGCUGAAAUUUUCACAGACUUUGGUGCCACAUUUGAUGUCAACUCUUACAAUCAGUUAUGCCAACUAGCAAAUGGUCAAUUCAAAAGUCUGUUUCUUUAGGGAUCUUGAAGAUUGAUGGACGAGCUACCAGAU